AUGGGGGAGGGCUGGUGGGUCAGAAGUUACUACACUCAAGACAAACAAGGAUUUCUGUUCCUGUAUCAAACUGGUUGUAACUAUGCCACAUCAAGUUUGUCAGGAACGAUUACCUCUCCUGGCUACUCUCUAGGGUCGUAUCCCAACCUCCUGACAUGCACGUGGCAGUUGUCUUCCCCUAACAACGCCCCAAUCAGGCUGACUUUCAACAAGCCGUUUGACCUGGAGAACAAGGAUUUUCUACAGGUGUUUGAGGGUGACAAUAUUUUCGGCACGUCUCUGUUCUCGGGUAAAGGCUUCACCGGAAAUGCUCAGCCUCAACCGGUGGAAUCACCGCGCGGAAAACUCCAUCUUGUUUUUAAAACCAACGCGGUGGGGACGGAGCAAGGAUUUAGUGCCACGUUCUCUAGUGGUUGUCCUCUCCUGGAUGACAGCACACUGUCGGUAGAUCCCGCGGACUACAGCCGUUACGUUGGCGACCAGGUCACGAUAUCGUGCGUAAACAACUACAGGUUUACAACCGCGAGUUUACAGUCACAGUCGUCUGUGAAGAUGACGUGUGAAUUCGGAGGAAAAUGGAAUUACAGUCCUAUCCCUACAUGUGCACGUGUUUUCUGCGGCCCGCCUCCGACCGUUACUCACGCCUAUCUGCUGCCCACAGCUGGUUUCUACUCCGGCGAUGUCGCCACCUACGUCUGUGAGUCUGGAUACUCACUGGGUUCAGCCACAGCAUCCGUCACAUGUCUCAGUACAUCCAACUGGGGGACACCACCGCACUGUUCAGCUGAACGUUGUUCCGCUCUUCCUACGAUCCACACGAAAGGCUACCAACUGCUGAAGGGCGACGGGUUUGAGGAGGGCAGUGUGGUGAAGUACAAUCAGUGUGAUGCUAAAUCUGGGUACGAGUUGAAUGGUGCCGCCACACUGGUGUGUUCUAAAGGAAGCUGGUCACAGGCGUCUCCCUCCUGUAAAAAAAUACGCUGUCCUCUCCCGUAUGUUGCGGACGGGAAAGCGUCGUUGACAAAUCCGCUGUUGACGGACGUAGCUUACAUCCAAGAUUAUCUCACUCUGUUCUGUAACACGGGUUUCCAGUUGGUCGGUAAUCGACAGUUUAAGUGUGGAGUUGAUGAACCUGGCAAGUGUGUUAAUAUUGAUGAGUGUGUGACCAGAACAUCCGGUUGUGCUCAGAUCUGUACCGAUACGAUCGGCAGUUUCGUGUGUACGUGUCGGGAUGGCUUCCAGGUGGACUUGUCGGGCCAGUGUCAUGACAUUAACGAAUGUUCCAAAAACCAAGGCAACUGCGAGCACUUCUGCUACAACAAGCCAGGAGGUUACGAGUGUGCGUGCCGAGAGGACUACAUGUUGUACAGCGGUCCUCACCAACAGACCGGACUCAAUCCAUUUAACACCUACAUCACAAACCACACGUGUGUCAAAGUGUCAUGUUCAGCCCCCAGUCUGACUAUACAAAACGGUUUCGCGUUAACAUCGGAAAAGAAGUUUUCAUCUGGACAACACAUCACCUACCUCUGUAACCUUGGCUACACGCUGCAAGGGGAUGCAACUCUGACAUGUCAGGGUGGACAGUGGGUUGGAUCUCGCCCCAAGUGUGUUGCUGCCCAAUGUCCUCCGCUGUCUGCGACGCCCGGCAGCAAGAACUCUGCGAACGUGUCCCCGACGACGCGGAUCCCGUACCUCGACUACUUCAGCCUGACGUGCGCGGUGGCGGGGCUAGGAGACUCCGUGACACGGCGACGCUGUGUGUACCACCGCAACAUUGACAGCUACAGCGCCACCUCACAAGAUCUGUCCUGCUUCGAUGUCGACUGUGGUGAGCCUGAGCCGCGACACGGUACCCUAUCGUUCGUCUACCACUGUACCACGUAUGACUGCCAGUUCACGUUCCGGUGCCGCGCGCCCUGGUUCACACAGCUGGGUCAGAGUUCACGACGGGACAGCAUCGUCCGCUGUGGGUCAGAUGGGAAAUGGGACUUCGCUGAUCUACGCUGUCCAGGACCCACAUGUUCGGACCCCGGCACGCCCCCUGGUGGCAACCAGCUGUAUGAGCGGAACACGACGUACGAAGAGCACAGCCUGGUGUGGUACUCGUGUGAGCGAGACGGGUUUCUUCCCUCCAACCCCGACCCUCUCAAGUGUGUGUGGUCCCCUCACACAAACCAGCUCCACUGGAACGCUACACGGCCACAAUGCAUUGAUCAAGAGACGCCGUUUUUCUACAGCUGUCCUGUGGGCAUCCUGACGGUGGACCAGUUCACGGUGCCCAUGUACGCGGAGCCCAUCCCAUCAGACAACAGCGGCCUCAUCAAGAGCACGUCGGUGAAACCGGCCAACUUCCGCACCAUGUUCACUGUGGUAACGCGCAACAUGCAGGUCGUGUACACGGCGACCGACCAUCAGGAUAACAUGGGGACCUGCUUCGUUAAUAUCAAGAUACGAGAUAACGACCCUCCGCGACUCACGUGUCAGAGUUACCUGGAGAUUUGUUAUAUAAGAUGUAAACUCACCUGUCAGAGUUACCUGGAGGUUUGUUAUCUAGGAUAUAACGAGCCCCCACGACUCACCUGUCAGAGUUACCUGGAAGUCCAGAUCCAGGGCUCUAACGACGUCCAGACGUUCAACGCUGAAAGCUUUGUGUUAUCGGCCACGGACAACUCAGGCAACGUGAUUCUGUCAUACUCGAUCCGCCAGCUGACCCUCGACCGGACGAGCAUCGGCAAACUGUACACUGUGUUCAUCACGGCCUCUGACGAUGUCGGCAACACAGAGAAGUGUACAGUGCAGGUCACUGUGGCAGCUCCUAAAUGCCAGUCGUGGAUUUUGAAUGUGGAUUACGGUAUGACAUCGUGCGUGAGUUUAGGCACGGGGUACCGGUGUACGGUGACCUGUGUUUCGGGCUAUGUGUUUUACGAGAACGAGCAACUAUCCAGCGUUGAUAUGCAGUGUUCUUUCAACUCUGACUGGGAUCGUAAACCACCUGUCUGUGUUCACCAGGACGUGACGGCGUACCGGAUCACGACUCGCCUGAGCUACUCACUGGGUGUGGGCGACCAGGUGACGGAGGAAUGUCGGUCGUCGUACCAGCAGCAGCUCCUCGCAAACAUGCCGGCACUCGUCACCAGCCUCACCAACAUCUGCAGCGACAUCGUCCCGCGGAUGAUCAUUGUCAGGGUGACAGCGGACAUCACAGUUGAACUGACUCCAUCCCGCCUUUCAUCGGUCACCUACCAGCAGUGUUCUCACAAGAUCAGAUCUGUUUUUUCCGUGAUGACCUCAGCCGUGUCGGCGGUGUCGCGACUCAGCUCCGUCAACAACUGUGCGGCGUCGUCCACCGCGCGGUACAUCAGCACAACGCAGGACGGCACCGGCUGUUACGGAGCCGCCGAGAUCAGGACUGGAACUGAUGGCUCGGACAUCUGCAUUUCGUGUCCGGCCGGCUACGUGAGUGCGGGAAGUGGACGGUGCAUGCCGUGUGGCGUGGGGCAGUUCCGCGACCCCACUGUGAGCAACGUGUGUGAGUCGUGUCCAUACCCCGCAACCAGCUCAUUCUCCAGUCAGUCAAUCACCAGCGAGGCUGAGUGCUUCAGAGUCUGUCCGAGAGGGAUGUUUCAUUCAGUUUGUCUACUGUUUCAGGAGUCUGUCCGAGAGGGAUGUUUCAUUCUGUUUGUCUACUGUUUCAGGAGUCUGUCCGAGAGGGAUGUUUCAUUCUGUUUGUCUAAUGUUUCAGGAGUCUGUCCGAGAGGGAUGUUUCAUUCUGUUUGUCUACUGUUUCAGGAGUCUUUCCGAGAGGGAUGUUUCAUUCUGUUUGUCUACUGUUUCAGGAGUCUGUCCGAGAGGGAUGUUUCAUUCUGUUUGUCUAAUGUUUCAGGAGUCUGUCCGAGAGGGAUGUUUCAUUCAGUUUGUCUACUGUUUCAGGAGUCUGUCCGAGAGGGAUGUUUCAUUCUGUUUGUCUACUGUUUCAGGAGUCUGUCCGAGAGGGAUGUUUCAUUCUGUUUGUCUAUUGUUUCAGGAGUCUGUCCGAGAGGGAUGUUUCAUUCAGUUUGUCUACUGUUUCAGGAGUCUGUCCGAGAGGGAUGUUUCAUUCUGAGUCUGUCCGAGAGGGAUGUUUCAUACUGUUUGUCUAAUGUUUCAGGAGUCUGUCCGAGAGGGAUGUUUCAUUCUGUUUGUCUAAUGUUUCAGGAGUCUGUCCGAGAGGGAUGUUUCAUACUGAGUCUGUCCGAGAGGGAUGUUUCAUACUGUUUGUCUACUGUUUCAGGAGUCUGUCCGAGAGGGAUGUUUUCGUCGACGGGUUCCGCUCCGUGUAACAUGUGUCCACCCAACACGUACAGCAUCUCGACGAUCUUCUGUCAGACCUGUCCCCCCAACACGUACACACGGGGGUCAGGACAGAUCUCAGUGACUGCCUGUCAGACCGAGUGCUCGGCGGGUGAGUUUUCCAGCAGCGGGUUCUCUCCAUGCAGGACUUGUCCGCGCGGGUUCUACCAGUCCCGGGCCCGCCACACGGGCUGUGACGAGUGCAUGAAGAACCAGACGACUCUGUACCAAGGCUCGACGGCCUCCACCGACUGCGUCCCCGUCACGUUCUGCGGCUCCGGCCCGUGUAAGAACGGAGGGCGCUGUGUCACGGCUGGUCACGACUAUCAGUGCAUCUGCUCCAACCCCAUAUACACUGGUCGUAACUGUGAGACCGAACUUGACCCGUGCAGUUCACGGCCGUGUUACAACAGGGGGUCAUGCCGCAACAACCGAGACGGAACGUACGCCUGCUUUUGUGGAACAAGUCGAAUCAGUGGUGACCGGUGUGAGAAAGAUCUGGAUGACUGUGAGGUGAACCCGUGUCGUAACAGCGGAGUGUGUCAGGAUAAACUGAGAUCCUACACCUGUCACUGUCCACUGUUCAGUGGCUACACGGGCAGUCUAUGUGAUGAGGUUUUGCGCUACCCGUGUUCUGUGAACCCGUGUGAUGCGUUCAAUUCUCGGUGUGUGGAAACCAGCAACAUCAGUCGGAGCUGUAUCUGUAACGCAGGUUACACCGGCAACAAUUGUGAGGUCAAUAUCGAUGAGUGCGUCUCCAACCCCUGUAUGAACGGUGCUACAUGCAUUGACCAGAUUAACGGGGUGGUGUGCCGGUGUCGCCGUGGUUACAAGGGGGACCUGUGUGAGGAGAGAGACAGUCCCUGUCAGACGAACGAGUGCGUCUCCAACCCCUGUAUGAACGGUGCUACAUGCAUUGACCAGAUUAACGGGGUGGUGUGCCGGUGUCGCCGUGGUUACAAGGGGGACCUGUGUGAGGAGAGAGACAGUCCCUGUUCAGCGUCCCCGUGCGGUUCCCAGGCGACGUGCAUCGACAACUACAAACUGGAGACGGUCGUGUGUCAGUGCCCGGACGGAUACGAAGAAGUGAGUGGCCGCUGUGAGAAGACGAACUUGUGUCGGAGUUCCCCGUGUCUGAAUGGUGGACAGUGUGUUUUCGUCAACAAUAACUACCAGUGUUCGUGCCCCACCGGUUACGACGGUGCGCGCUGUGAACACGACGUGGAUAACUGCACGCCAAACCCGUGUUUGAACGACGCUUUCUGCACGGAUCUCUUCAACGACUUCCGGUGUGACUGCGAUCAAAACCGACUACACACAGGAGCUAAGACGUGUGAUGACUAUGAUCAAUGCACCCCGUACCCGUGUGACUACGCCCACACCAAGUCAUGCGUGGACAAGUUCCUCGACUACUACUGCAACUGCAACGAUGGUUACCACGGCAAGAACUGCACGGUGAGUAUACAGAGAUUAUUACACGGGCUUGUGUGUCAUACUCACACUCACUCAGGCAGUACAAGAGAUUAUUACAUGGGCUUGUGUGUCAUAUUCACUCUCACUCGGGCAGUACAAGAAAUUAUUACACAAGCUUGUGUGUCAUACUCACUCUCACUCGGGCAGUACAAGAGAUUAUUACACGGGCUUGUGUGUCAUACUCACUCUCACUCGGGCAGUACAAGAGAUUAUUACACCGGCUUGUGUGUCAAACUCACUCUCACUCGGGCAGUACAAGAGAUUAUUACACCGGCUUGUGUGUCAAACUCACUCUCACUCGGGCAGUACAAGAGAUUAUUACACCGGCUUGUGUGUCAAACUCACUCUCACUCGGGCAGUACAAGAGAUUAUUACACCGGCUUGUGUGUCAUACUCACUCUCACUCGGGCAGUACAAGAGAUUAUUACACGGGCUUGUGUGUCAUACUCACUCUCACUCGGGCAGUACAAGAGAUUAUUACACGGGCUUGUGUGUCAUACUCACUCUCACUCGGGCAGUACAAGAGAUUAUUACACGGGCUUGUGUAAGCCGGGAUACAGGGGAAGUAACUGCGAGACAAACUAUGAUCUGUGUCAGAUAGCCAAUCCAUGCGUGGGACCAGGCAGCGUGUGUUCCGUUAACGGCGCCACGACAACCUGCAAGUGUUCCACAGGCUAUAGUGGACUGUACUGUGAGAAGAAGGCUGUGUCCUGUUCGUCUGGAUACUGCAUGAACGGAGCCACCUGUGAACUAGUUGCAGGCACUGUUCACUGUUCAUGUUUACCAGGAUUUACAGGAGACCAGUGUCAGACUAAGAUAAACAACUGUCUCACUAACACGUGUCCCCCGGGAUCCAAGUGUGUCGACAGCAUCGAUUCCUUCACCUGUAAAUGUGAAUCAGGAAAGAUUGGCAUCCAGUGUAGUAAAGAUCUGUCUACGGAUUUCGACCUCGUGUUCCCGGGUGCGCUGGGUUACACCCCCCCAGACUACCGGCUCACCCCCCAGCCCAUUUCUCCCAGUCAGCUCUCUCUGUCUGUGUGGGUAAAAUACGAACGUCACACCACACCAGGCACCAUUCUCACGCUGUAUGGACUCAGCUCCCUGUCACCCGCGGCAACCCCGACAGAUCUCCUCUCCCUGGAGCGGGAUCACAUGACCGUCUCGUUUGCUGGCUACAAGGAACUGUCGUACGGGAAGGAUCGCAUCGACGACGGCUACUGGCACCAUGUUGCCAUCGUCUGGACUUCGGCAUUCGGCAAACUCAGUAUCUACGUUGACGCAACGCUUGUCGCAUCUCUCAGUAACUAUGGGCUGGGAACACAUCUGUCGACAUAUGGACUGUUGGCACUGGACGGGACCUACCGGCCGUCGACACAAAGCGUUGACCAAUCGACGGGCAUGAGGGGCCGUAUCAGUCGGCUCCAUGUCACCAAAGGCUCGCUCUCGUUCCCGGCCGACAUCGAACAACUGUACGCGAACAUCAACGCCGUGCCCCCACAGGAUAUCCCAGAAUUCAAUGCUGACAUUGUGGAUGGCGUCAACGGAUUGCUCGACUACCAGAGUCAGCUAACGCUUGGAACAUGUCGCCGUGGAGACGAGAGCUGCAGAUCUUUGAGACAAAUUGUUGCUCGUCCGACCGUGAUGACGUGCCCGUCAGACCAGAUGCUGGUCAGUGGCCGUGUGUCGUCGCCACGCUGGACAGAACCCACGUUUCAAGGUCACAGAACCAUCAGAGCAACUUCAGUGUCUGGAGCCACACCAAUGGGCUGGGGAACAUAUGGAAUCGCGUACGCUGCUAUCGAUGACCAAAAUAACGCUGUUGUCUGCAGCUUCAAGCUUUUCAACAGAAGAACUGAGUGUAUUAAACCAAUGAGGCCGAUGUCCGGUUCACAGACAUGUUCACAGAUAACCGGCGGGAUGCGGUGUUCCGUGAAGUGUCUCGCGUCACUGGCACUGUCAAGACCGGAACCGAAGUACUACAGCUGUGGAACGUAUGGGAUGUACGGCGCUGUCGACCGACCGGUGCCAUUCGAGUACGCAGCGUGUACCAGAUGCUCCACCCCGAUGCAGGACAUCACGAUCGCACUAGAUUUCCGCGUCACCCCGACAUGCAGUGCGACAGUUCUCAACAACCUACGAGACGAGCUGCUCAAGUCUCUGGCGACCUUGAACUCUGACCUGGGCAGCGCGCUGUGUAACACACGGGACUGUGAGAACGUGAACGUGAACCUCGUGUGCAGCACCAGCACAACGGUCAUCUCAUCAACAAUCUCGCUGUCUCUCGUCACAGAGAGCGAAGUGAGGUACAAGUCUGAGAACCGACCACCAAGAGAUUUUCUCUUCAUCGCCAUCGCCGACACACGAAUCUUCAACUACCAUUUCGCCUCGCCCGAACUCGACACAUUUGUGAUGAACUCCAAGAAGGCUUGUGAAGCAGGGAAACAACUCGUAGAUCACUGUUGUGUUGAGUGUGGCCAGGGUUCAUACUAUGACUCGUCGGUACAGAGUUGUGUCCCCUGUGCUAAGGGGACAUACCUCGACGAAAUGGGCCGCGUUGCCGGGACGUCCACGCCCUGUGUUUCCUGUCCAGGAUCACUGACGACGGCUACCACAGGAGCGCAGUCCAUAGACAAGUGUAAAGAUAACUGCACGGCAGGGCAGUACUACAACUUGACGGAGGGUGAGUGUGUGAGUUGUGCGGUGGGUUUCUACCAGUCUGACGUGGGAUCGUUCUACUGCAGUCCGUGUGAUGUGACCAAGUCGACGGCGUACUCGGGACAGACGAGCAUCGCAUCGUGUCUCACGGAUCCCCAGGUGACGGUGGCGCCCUCUUCAACUCAAGGACCGACGUCUGGCGCUGCGACGGGAGGGACGACAUUCAGCAGUGAGUUGAUCGCCAUCGUUGUCAUCAUCGUCAUCAUCCUCAUCGUGCUGCUCUUCAUCCUGCUCAUCUGCUGCUGCAGGGACUGGUUCGAGAAAAUGUGUCCCUGUUUGAUAAUGAAGGUUGGACCCGAGUACGAUGAAAAGUGGCACUACGUCGACAGAUAUGGUGAGACCAACUUGAAGUUUGUGAGCUACAACCUGGGUGACUAUCGUGCCAAGAAGCUCGACAAGCAACGUCUGGUGGAUUCCGACAAGUCUGGCUCAAAGAUCGCAGUCCACGUGCCUUUGUUUGAGGAGAAGCUCCAUGGAACGUGCGUACAUCAAUCAGUUCUUAACUCUGUACUGUUUUCAUCAGUCAGUUCAUAA